AUGUCGUGCACGGCCGCUCAUAUGUGCACUCUGUACACUAUCUUCUGUAACGCUAUCGUCGUCCCCAUCGUCACACCGCAUCAUCAAAAGCCUACGCUCGCCACGCCCCCAGCCAUCACCGCCGCUGCAUCACACAGCCUAGCGACGCUGUCGCGCCUCGGACCCUGGCGUCGCAGGGGCCAUAGUGCACCAGGUGUCUGCCGCGGGCCCGGCGGCGUACCCGCGGCGAUCGCGUCGGCGCUGUCUACCCACUGGGGUGUCGCGCAGCAUCAGCAUCGGUGCGACGUCCUGUACCCCACGUCACGUCUCCCGUUCUUCCCUUCGAUGCCCGCUCUCGCUUCCCGGUGUCUCGUCGUAUGUCCCGUGUCAACUCCCGCCCGCGCACUGCCCGACCACCUUCUUGCAUGCUCCGGAUCCCACCCGCCCCCAUCCCGUUCCUCACUACCCGCGCAUCCCCCCAUCCCAUUCCAUCCUUGACGGUCGGACUUUCUUGCGUGCCCGCGUUCGGUGAUUGGUUGUGCCUAUUUAAUCUAGUCUCUCGGAUUGGAACAUCGGAAUACAGAGGAGGCCGCACUUGGCGCGUCUCGCCGUUGGCCGG